AUGGAGAGGGUCAAGUGUUGUUGUGGGAAUCCGGUGUACGCAAACGUCGGGGUCUUGGGCCACAUCGACAGCGGCAAGACUUCGCUGGUUCGCGUCCUGACGGCUGUUCGGAGCACCGCGUCGCUCGACAAGCACCCGCAGAGCCGAGAGCGUGGAAUCACGAUUGAUCUCGGCUUCUCUGCCUUCACGCUUCCUCUCGACACAUCCGGUGCGCGUCCUGCGUCUCACGGGGGGAGAACGAACUGUCCACCAGAGGGAACUGUCGAGAGCAGAGACGCCGAGAAAAGAGAGGCCGAAGAGGCGCGCAGUUUCUGCUCGGAAGAUCCGUCUGCCGCCGCGACGCGUCUGCCCGCGAAAGCGGAUUCGGCGCACUCGCGUGCAUGUACACUGGCACACGAGGCAGAGAACGGCGGUGCCUCGGAGAACGCGAGGAAAACGAACGUCCAGGUCUGCCUGGUCGACUGUCCUGGGCACGCUUCUUUGAUUCGGACGAUCAUUGGAGGUGCGCAAAUCAUUGACCUUGUUCUCCUCGUCAUCGAUGCAACCAAAGGGAUACAGACGCAAACCGCAGAGUGUCUGGUAGUGGCGGAGCUGCUGGCUCGGCACUUGAUCGUCGUCCUCAAUAAAAUCGACCUUUUUCCUGAAGCCACACGUGAAAAGAAGGUCGCCUCAGUAACUGCGAAGCUGCGCGGCGUCUUUGCUCAGACAGCCUUUGGCGCAGAUGUGCCAAUCGUUCCUGUUGCGGCGAAUCCAGACGCAGUUCAGGACCUCUCGAAUCUGCCACCCGCCUGGAAUGUCGCGGGCGUCUUGAGCGCGCUUUCCUCCGUUCUGCUGUCUCCGGAGCUCGCUGCAAACGCGCCUCGAGACGCACAGGACGUAUCCAGUUCGCGCCUCGUAGAUCGGCUGUGGCUCCAGCAGCGGUGCACAACCUGCGCCUGCUGUCGGGGUUCUUCGGCCCCAGCGACGUCCAGUCCGUUCUACCUCGUGUUUGACCACUGUUUCGCUCUCAAGGGUAAGGGCACGGUGUUGACGGGGACCGUGCUGUCGGGGAGAGUCAAGGUGGGCGACUCCGUCGUCGUCUUGAGCGCAGCGGGAGGCGGCGGAGCCACGGCCCCAACCAAAGUUCGAAGUCUCCAGACGUUCCGACAAAACGUCGAGUCUGCUGGACGAGGCCAGAGAGUCGCGGUGUGCGUCACCGCACUCGACGCGUCCGGUCUGGAGCGCGGAGCCAUCUGCGAUCCCCAGCACGUCCCGGCUGCCGUGGACGGAUGCAUUGCUAUUGUCGAGCGAAUUCGCUUCUAUAAACCACAGAUCGGCACAGGGACGAAGUUCCACUGCACGGUUGGCCACGCAACAACUUUGUGCACUGCUUACUUCUUCGGGCGGUACGAGAGCGAUCAGCCGGACUGCACGGCCUUUGGAGGCGCAGCCGCUCUCUCUCAGCACCUCUCGUCGGCGAGUUCCGCGCAUCCAGAUGUGGGAACAUCCAGUUUGAACGUUGGCCGACUCGUUCCGAGUCUCCGGGGCGACGACAGACCAAGUCUCACCCGCGCGUGGCCCACCGCUGUGGACUUUCGCGCGACAUAUCGGCACCAGGAGGAACUGGUUUUACUGGACAGUGGGAUGGCACGCAGUAGAGGCGAGCAGCGGCCUCGGGGGCUGAGCAGGCAGACCAACGGUGUGGACGCGUCUUUUCUCGCUUGCGAGGAGGAGAAGCCAGUGUUGCAGUUCGCUCUUCUGGUCUUCGACAAGCCUAUCGUGGCUCCUCUGCGGAGCAUUCUUAUAUGUUCGAAGCUCGACAUGGACGUUAGCUCGCCCAUGUGCAGGCUGUCGUUUUUUGGGCAAAUGCUCGAGCGGCUCAGCGCAGCUCCAUUGCUGUCCCUCUCGGCCACCGCCGGCGUCGCUGGACAGCGGAGCAACGCAGCGAAGAAGCCGCCAGGGAGCGGUCCACGCGUCUCGACGGCGGCAGCUAUUCACGGCUCCAGCGCAUCCGUUCGUUCGAUUUUCUACCACCCUGCAGUUCUCAGUUUGCCAGUCUACAAGUGGAAACACAAACUCGGAAGCGUCGAGCGCUUCAUUUUCGAGUCGCCGUGUCACUACAGCGAUCGCACCGAAGCAGCAGACAGGAGCUACAGCGAGGCCAGAUCACUGAUAGGUCGCGGUUUGUUCAAGAGUCCCCAGCACGUUUCGCGUUUCAUCGGGUUCCGAGUCACCAUAUGCCGCCAGGAAGUUUCAGACACGCAGGCAGACGGCGCAGAUGAACCAAGCAAAACCGAUGGGAGCGAGUGCGAAGAGCGCAGCAGCGAAAAAAGGGCCGUGACUGCACGCAACCAAACGGCAAGUGCAACUGAAGAGAAGACAGUAACGGAGGAACUUGACGCCGGCGCACGUGGCCGCCGUGAGGCCAUUCGAUUUGAAGGCCGCAUUGAAAAGGCCUUUGGAAACAAAGGAAAAUUUGUGGUGGAGCUGGAGACGCCGAUCAGCUGUUCCACACUCUCUGCGUCUGGGAAGGGAAAUGGCGACAGCAAAGCGUCGGGCUUUUCGAUCAAUCUCGAAUACAAGAAGAAAGUCUAUGACAAGUCAGCGCAGUUCUCCCAAGGAGUCCAGAGGGGCGCAAACUGA